UAUUUAUUUACUUUGUCAGAGUUGGUCCUCCAUACACGUUCACACAGACAAAGAAAAUAAAUAGAUUUAAAACAAAGGUAAAAUGAACAGUGACAACAAAACAUCAAACUAAUGGAAUAAAGUAACAACAAUAAAUAAGAAAAAAGAUGGAACAAAAUAAAUUAAGUAAAAGGCAAUAAAAUGUCAGUCUCUGAGUCUGAGACACGUCAUCAACUCCCUGUUUCAUAUUUUGCCAGUGAUGGUGGUUCUACAUUUCUCCAGUAUCGUACAAUCACUCUUCUUACAUAGAAAAGUCCAAACUCAAUCAUUUUCCAUUGCUUUGUUGUUCUGAUAAAGUCAUUUACAUGUUUAAUUCCCGUCUGAAUUCUCUCCACACUUCAUUUUUUUAGUCUAUAAUUUAAUUAAAUGUGUGUGUUCUUUUUGUGAUAUGUUGGAGAAGAAAUUCAAACAUGUGAUAUUGUUCUUUUUAACAUUCAGUGUCCCAGAUGUGUAAUGACAGUAAAUUUAAAAUCCUGCCUGGACGACUUCAUACUUUCAUUGAUGUUCAUUUAUCUGUUUGCUGUGACGUCUGAACCGCUGUGAAUAAACACCAGAUGAGCGUCAAGGUUUCAUUUUUACAUCUGUCAGCUGUCAGUCGAGUUCGUGCUCGUGCAUCAAAGGAGCGAACGUUGAGCGAAUACAGGUCCAUCAUGUCCCAGCCAAAGCCUCCCACUCCCAAGCCGAGGAUCUCAUAUCCUCUGUCUCCCACAAAACCUCCACAGAGAACUUUCUCUUUGUCACCUCCAACGAGUCCAACGUCUGCAAUAACUCCACCAUCUCCAAUAACUCCACCAUCUCCGAUAACUCCAACAUCCCCACGGACGCCAACAUUUCCAAUGACUCCACCAUCUCCAAUGACUCCACCAUCUCCAAUAACUCCGCCAGCGGUGUUACCGAAGACCAGGAUCGUUAAAAUGAAUUCAAGACAAAGCUCCAGUGAUGAAACAGACGGCCAGUCUCUGCCGAGUUUCUACAAGAAAACUGCUGGCUGGAACGAUAUCUGCAGAGAGCUCAAAGGAAAAGGGGCAUCAUCAGCUGAGAGCAUCGAAGAUAAAGCUCAAGAGCUCCAAGAGGCUGUCCAGCGUUACAUCCAACUGAUGGACGAACACGGCGACACCAUGAAACAAUACAUCGAUGAUCUUUACUCCAUCGCUGAAAACUUAGACAAGGUUUCAAAGGGGACGAAGAUCGCUGGCAUCACGGGAGGAGCCACGACCGUAGCAGGAGGUGCGGCUGCAGCCGUCGGCAUCAUCCUGUCCCCGUUCACGCUGGGAGCCUCGCUGGCUCUGACCGCGGUCGGGGUCGGUGUGGCUGCAGCCGGCGGCGUCACCGGGGCGUCAGCAGCCAUCGCGCACAAGGUGAAUGCGACAAUGGACAAGAAGAAACUGGAAAAGCUCGUGCAGGACUACGGGCACAUCAACGAGACCAUCCAGCCCUGCUUGAUGUCCAUCGUAGAGCCGCUGAAGCAGCACGGUCUGCCCGUCCUGAGCAAAAUUAGGAUGGAUCCAGAGACGGCGGGCAAGUUGUUGGAUCUGGCUGCGACGUCCGGGGCAAACGGCUUGCCCUUAGACGCCAACCUCAGGACCGCCGGGGUGAUUAAAGGUUUUGCCCUCGGCAUGGACUUCUACUACACCCAGGGAAAAGACGGGAAGAAGAAGGUGAAGAAGGGGCUGGAGUCGAAGUUUGCAACGAAAAUCCGCGAGUUUGCAGAGGACCUCAAAAAAGCUUUGGCCGAGCUCAUGAAUAUUAAGGAACUGUGCAGCAUGAGUUAUUAGUUAAGGAACAUGUGUAGAUCUAUAUCAGUCAAGAGUUUGGACUCAUUUUCUCGUCCAAUUCAGUGACAAAGUGGUGUAUGAAAACUAAACUUUAUGAUACAUUUUGGGUGGAUUUAAUGAUUAAAAACAGCGUAAAUAACUGAGCUUUAGUUUUCUCUUCUUUGUUCAUGCAAUUGCUGUUCUUUUCUUUAACGACACUGAUCCACUCAUUCCUCUCUCCGGGUCAGCUGUUCUUUUCUGUUCUACCUGUAAAACAUAAAAUAGUUAACAUCCAGGAGGUCGGUCCAGUCUUUUACUGAGAAAGAUAUAGAAGGAGUCUAUCAAGUUUAACCAGACAGAACAUACAUCUACGAGUCCAAAUGUUUUCUGAAUGGUUGACUCUGAAUGGGCCAUCAGCCAGACUGGUAUGACUUGAAUAUUCAGUUGUUCGAUGCUGUUUGACGCCUGAACUGCAGUAAAUAAAAAUGCCAGCUGAA